AUGGCCCAGGACACCACAGAGAGAGCGUCGCAAAGAUGCUUAGCAAACGGAGGCCAAGCAGGGGCAGAUCCCAAGAUCUCAAAACAUGAGACUGGCUUCCGUUAUAUCAUUCGGAAUUUUACUCCGGCAUGGUUUUCAGCAAAUAUGGGAACUGGGAUCGCGUCAAUCCUGCUCAAUACAUUGCCGUACAAUGGGAAAUGGCUCUACUGGAUAUCGGUGGUCCUAUUUGCUUUUAACGUGCUGCUAUUUCUCGUCUUCCUACUUAUAACAGCCCUUCGGUAUCUGCUAUACCCCGACAUAUUCCCGGUUAUGGUCACCCAUCCAGCACAGUCAAUGUUUCUAGGGACCUUCCCCAUGGGCCUUGCCACAAUCAUCAACAUGUUCUGCUUUGUUUGCGUACCGGCAUGGGGAGUCUGGGCGAGUUACUUCGCCUGGGGUUUGUGGAUUACCGAUGCCGUUGCCUCUGUGUUAACGUGCUUCGUGUUGCCGUUUAUUAUGAUGACACGUAAAUCGGAUAUCGCCCUGUCUGCCAUGGGCGCCGCAUGGCUGCUCCCCGUUGUGUCAUGCGUUGUGUGCGCAGCAUCCGGCGCCAUUGUCGCAGACGUAUUGCCAGAUCCCGACUACGCGCUCGGAACAAUUGUCGUCAGCUAUGUGCUAUGGGGGGUCGGAGUACCUCUUGCACUGAUGAUAAUAGUCAUUUUUCUCAUGCGGCUGUUGUUGCACAAGUUACCCCCAAAAGAGGUCCUAGUGAGCAUGUUCCUACCUCUCGGACCUCUCGGACAAGGCAGCUAUGGAAUCCAAAAGCUAGGCCAAGUAUCCCAAAACAUCUUCCCGAAAACCGACGUCCUGCGACCGGGAACUGGUGACGUAUUCGAAAUGCUUGGCUUUUUCAUCGGACUCCUGCUAUGGGCCUUCGGACUACUCUGGCUUUUCUUCGCCGUUGCAUCUAUCGUUCGUACCAGGAAGUUUCCGUUCAAUCUAGGCUGGUGGGCAUUCACUUUCCCUCUCGGUGUCUAUGCCACCAGCACUUGCCAGCUAGGCCGAGAAAUGCCAUCGCGUUUCUUCCGGGUGCUUGGGACGAUCUUCUCCAUCUGUGUGGUGUUAUUGUGGAUAUUGGUGACCUGUCUCACCGCUCAAGGCGUGUAUAACAGAAGUCUGUUCAAAGCCCCCUGUUUGGCAGACUUGCGUGAAAAGCAGCGGAGGCUAAGAGAGCAGCAGAGUGAGGUGGAAGGGAAAUAA